CCCGACUUUCGACUUGGGUCGAUCGUCACUUCGGAACCCUUCCCACCCCCAGUUCUCCCCUCCCCAGCUGUUCAGCUGCCCAGCGUCGUCAAUCGCCCUUGUUGCAUCAUGGAAGGCCGAGGCUUGACCUUGCGGAGCAAGUCUCGCCGCCAACGCCCCCAGAUUAGUGCCCCCAAGCCGAUCUCCGGCCCCUUGCCCGCCAACACCAGAGCUCCCGAUGCCGGUCAAAGUGCCAUCUCCGUGGGCCGAGAACGGGCUCCCCAGAGUGAUGCUACUUCCGAUUUAGUCAAGCGACGAUACUCAACUCGAUUCAAUGCCGCCCCGGAGUUCGAUGUCAGCGCUCCUCCUGUCCCCGCUCUUCCGCCUCAAGCCCAGGGAGGAUUUAGUGGCUUAGGAGCUCCAGCCGCAACGCAGGGACAACCUUCGCCAGCGGACGGCACAUCAAUUUCCCCCGAGGUGGACUUAAAGGCAUUGCGAGAUCCGAGUCUCCCCGUGGAACGAUAUGUUGCCGGGCUCCUUGCCAACGCGUCGGAGGAGGAGAUCCAAAGUUAUCAGCAAAGUCUUCGAAAAGUGAAGAACCGGACAUCGACCGAUCUACAACAGAAUGUCUACCAGAACCGAACUCAAUUUAUCAAGAUCAGUAAAGAGGCCGAGAAGCUGAAGGAUGAGAUGCGGACCCUGCGUACCCUCAUGUCAGAACUUACCACCGCACUCGGGCAAACAACCGUUGGUAAUACGCCGAAUCCAAUGUCGCCGGUGGACGAUCACUUCCCCAAGCGCAAUACCAACCGCAGCUCCGUCGCCAACCUGGAAAGCAUGUGGAGCGUUCAACUACAGACGCUGUGGAAGACCGUCGAAGGGUCCCAAAAGUUCCUGCCAGCGGUGCCUGGCCGUCAUAUCGUCUUAGAAACGGGCAACUGGGCCGAGCUGGACUCGGCGACCUGGAAGCCGAAACGGCCAGUACACAUCGUCCUAUUGAACGAUCACCUGCUGGUUGCUGCCAAGAAGCGCAAGCGGGUUGACCAGAAUCACCCGAACCACCGCGGCCCAGUCCCGACCAAACUCGUGGCCGAGGAAUGCUGGCCGUUACAAGACAUUGAUAUGAUCGACUUGGCGGCCAAUCUGGGGACUGGCGCCGCUCGGGAAGAGGCUUUGGACCGUGGCAUUGGAAACGCAAUCAGUAUCCGUGUUGGCUCUAAGCCGUUCACCUAUCGGCAGGACAAACGCGAUACAUCCACGAAGAACGAACUCCUGGCGACAUUUAGGAAAACAGUGGAAGACCUCCGGCGCACGUUGCGAUCGGAGACCGAGGCUGCCAGCAAACCCUUGGAGGCGUAUGGAUAUCUCGCUGGGAGACAUUUAUCCUACUCACAAAAGGCCGAGCCGUUUGACCUCGGAGAUUCUCCUCGCGACAAAUCCGAUUUGCGAAUCGACGUCGAUGGCAAACAGCAGAAUCUUCGCUGGGUAGAAGGGCAAGUUGACGAGCUGGACAUCGACAUCGCGCUCCAACAUUUUGAGGCUGCGGUUUCCAGCAUUGAGCGGCUUCGAAAACUUGCAAAGGGAUUGAAAGGCAAUUCAAUUGCCCAGGAGGUGAUCAAUGUCAAGGUCGACGGGCGCGCAACCCGUCUCGCGGGUAUGCUCUCACGGUCGCUAGUGGACACACACUCGUUCCCAUCCGCGACCAAAACCAAUGUCAGCUGGCUCAGCCGUCUUGGAUUCGAAGACCAAGCGCGCGAAACAUACCUCAAGGCCCGGUCAGAUGUCAUUGCGAAACGUACCCGAGCCUGUGUUUUCGAGGGUGAUCUCCCCCUCUACAUCUUCCAGAUAUCUUUCGUUUACUUCACCCUUAUAAAGAACACUAUCAGCAUCUACCAGCAGUGUUUCCCGAGUGUGAUGACGAGCUCCUGCAUUCGCUGGGCGAAGUCUCAUCUUGAUGGGUUUAAUGCCUUACUUAGCCGCCAACUCAGUAGUGUUCAGCGUGGUACCUCUGUCUGGCAAAAGUGCUUGGACAUCGUUCAUGAGCAUGCCGCCUUGUUGACCGAGGUCGGCGUCGACUUUACGGACUUGGUGGCGCGCGGGCUGGAGGACCAGGGGGAGGAUGGGUCUCGUACCGUCCAACCAGGCCAAUUGUCUGCGCCGCAGCCCCCCACGAUUUAG